AUGGCGAACCCUCUAGACACGGAUGUCGGCUCCGAGCUGUUCGGCAGCUACGAGAAUGAGCUGAAGCUGCUGCAAGCCGAUCUGAAUCAGAAGCUCGACCAGAUUUCGGAGGCAAGUGGCGAGCAGCGGAAAUCGGCGAUUCGGCUGGCGGAACAGGUGCUUGAUGAAGCGACGGAACUGCUCGACCAAAUGCGCAUGGAGAAACAAAACAUCCCCUCCGCCGCGCGGUCCAAAGUCAACAUGCGGUUUCGCAAUUACUCCACGGACCUCGACGAGGUGAAGCGCAAGCUCAAGUCGCUGUCCGAUGACCGCAAGGCGCUGUUCGGCGACCGGUACACGGAUGAACCGCAGGACGAGCACCUCGAGCAGCGUCAGCAGCUCCUUUCGGGGACGGACCGGCUAGAGCGCAGCUCGGCCCGGCUGCAGCAGAGCCAGCGGAUUGCGCUGGAGACCGAGGACACGGCGCGGAACACGUUGUCGGAUCUGGUAAUACAGCGGAACACUAUUGAGAAUAGUCGCAAUAAUCUGCAGCAAAGCGAGGGCUAUGUGGAUACCAGUAUCAAGACGUUGAGGGGCAUGGCCCGUAGGAUGGCUACGAAUCGGCUGAUCACCAUUGCCAUUAUCACUGUUUUGGUGAUUCUGAUUUUCGCCGUCAUUUUCAGCAAGUUCCAUUAG